AUGAAAAUGCAUAUGCUAAAUAGAGUGGCAAAAUUGAUAGAACCAAUGCUUCAAAUGGAGAGUAAAAGUCACAAAAGUACUGAACUCAUAUUGUCUGCUGUGCCUUAUGAUCACAAAUUCACCUUCUUGAAAGCUAAUGUUAGCAUAAAAGAUGGACAGAAAUUCUUCGAUAGAAGCAACGAGAAUGAGGAUCUAUUAUGGUUUUCUUCAAACAACAGAGAGGACAUAACGUAUGCACCAAUAGGUCAUGAGAAGCAGGUCCAUUUCGGUGAAUGA